AGUACCACCAGUGCUCAAUGCUCAUGCGUUUAUACGAAGUAUCAGCCUACGAUAAACGAUUUAUCGUAAAUCUUGCAAUGCUUAUGAUAAGGAUUGCGAGGUAUCUAAUUUGUUAAGUUUCCUGCUACAGUGCUACUUUGAACAACAUCUUUUGCAGGCUGCAUAUCGCUGGUUCCUCCCUCGGAUAAUUUGGCUUAGCUGACACCUUCACCAUGGAUGCGACAGCAGUAUUGAAGGAUUUUAUGGCGGGAGGAAUUGCCGCAGCCAUUUCCAAAACGGCUGUGGCCCCGUUAGAGCGUGUCAAACUCAUUUUACAGGUGCAGAAGGACUCAGCGCAGAUCACGCCGCAGCAGCGCUAUAAAGGCAUGGUGGACGCUUUCAUUCGUAUUCCAAAGGAGCAGGGAUAUAUCAGUUUCUGGCGUGGUAACUGGGCCAACGUCAUUCGGUAUUUCCCCACGCAAGCCUUGAAUUUUGCAUUUAAAGACCAAUAUAAGCGCAUCUUCUUGUCGGGCGUUGACAAGGAUAAACAGUUUUUCCGCUUCUUCCUGGGCAAUGUUCUGGCCGGGGGUGCAGCUGGUAUGACGUCGCUGGUUUUCGUUUAUCCCUUGGAUUUUGCCCGAACUCGGCUUGGCGUGGAUGUUGGUAAAAACGCGGGAACUCGUGAGUUCACUGGUUUAUGGGACUGCAUGAGGAAAAUCUACCAGACCGAUGGCAUUCGCGGCUUGUAUCGCGGUUUCAACGUUUCCGUCCAGGGAAUAUUUAUUUAUCGAGCGGCAUAUUUCGGUCUGUUUGACACAUCCAAGAUUUACUUCAAGGAAGGCAAAGUUCCGAUCAUGCUUAAUUUCAUGAUCGCCCUCACCGUCACGACGAUUGCCGAAUUCAUGGCGUAUCCGUGGGAUACCGUGCGACGACGCAUGAUGAUGCAGUCGGGACGCAAGGAAAUUCUAUACAAGAAUUCACUGGACGCCAUGAUGAAAAUUGCCAAAAAUGAAGGUUUCCCGGCAUUCUUUAUGGGCGCCGUGUCCAACAUGCUCCGUGGCAUUGGUGGCGCGCUGGUGUUGGUUAUUUUUGAUGAAUUGAGACAUGCUAUGGAACAACAGCCAGGUGCGAGGAAGGUGGGCCAUUAAUUGGACACCGUGGGGAAUGGAUUGCUGUUUCGCAUUGCCGCAAUGAUCAAAGUGUUCAGUUUGAGGAAGUUUUCUUAUUGUAUUUGAUUCCAUUGUCAUAAUGAUUCCUGUACUACAGUUGUGUUUUAAGUACAUACGUAAUUCUGUCAAUUUUAUUUGUUAGAUGUUUUUAUUUUUUCACUUGUUUUACACUGAUCAAGUAGAAAAUGUUUACAUUACUCACUAUGACUUCCUGAUGUAACUGUAACGGUCAUUAUAAAAUUGUCAUAAAUGUUGUAUAAAG